UUGCCUCGCGCACACAAACACCCUACUAGGUAGUUGCCCCGAAGAAGCAAAGAAAAAAAAGAGAGGCUCGAUGACUUUGCGACUUUAUAAUAACAGAGGAGAGGGAUUUCAGAUCAGAGAAUACUAAGGAAGCAAGUUCUCCAAUGGCCUUGUGUUAAUGGAAGUGGUUCGUCUCAUUUCAUGUUCUGGUUUUGCAUUUCGGCCCUGCUGUGUUUUGGUGUUCCUGCUUUUCUGCUACUGCUUCUCGUUUCCGCUUCUUGUUUUUGCGACUGCGGCUGUUCAUUGUUUUUGUUUGUCGUUUCGAGUAGCGCAAAGUUUAGACAAAAGAUUGAGCGCGUUAUGGGAUGGAUGAAUGGAUGGAUGGAUGGAUGGAUGGGACGAGAAGACGCAGAUGAUCGAGCGGGAUUGGAAGGGCAAGUGAUUGACGGACGGGUAAAACAAGGACAGUUUAAAAUAAGAAACAAUGGAGUUGAAUGGAACAAAUGGGCCAGAACAAAGCCCAUUCAUGCUCCUAUAGUGUUGAGUUGAGGUACAUGGACGAUGGUCUUCCUGUGCCCCUACG